AUGUUGCACCACAUGCCAUACGCAGGUGUCAAAACCCUCCUAUCAGUGUUUGCUUUUCUAGUGGCUUCCGGAGUUUUUCUCUUCUUGGAUGCUUCUUAUAAUCAUGGAUCAGUUAGUCAAGUUGAAUUACUUUACACUCGAGAAGAUCUCAAGAUUAUAAGAGAGAAGAAGCAAGAAAAAAUAGAAGGAGAUCGAAAUUUAGCUGAUUUAGAUGCUGUGCGCAAAGCUAACGUGCAUAUACUGCCUGAUCGCAUGAAGCCGAACACGACAGCCGAGGAGAUGUGUAAGAACGACAAUGAAACACUUUUUUGCAUGCCGGCUUUCCGAAGAUUUGAAGCUGAGUACAGGGUAGCAACUAAGUAUAAACUUACAACGUGCGUUAUUCAUAAGAGUAUGUCAACUGUAAUGACGGCGACAACUUGUUAUCUCCACAACGAGAAGCGUUUUAUUGAAGCUAAGAGAAAUAUUUAUACAGAAUGGAAACCAAAUAGAUUCUGUGCAAGGAAAAAUGAGCACAGUAGAUUCAACGCUAUGAAACGACGAUUCAGAAUUUCUGGAAAUUGGACUUAUAUGAUGGUGACAAGAGAUCCCAUAGAUCGUUUUCUGUCAGGCUUCGUAGAUAAAUGCAUCAGAAAACCUGAAUCAUGCCAUGGUUGCGGGAGUAACUUAACUUGUUUUGUUAUUAAUGAAUAUUCUCGAAUUCAUGAUCAAGUGGAGAAUAAUCACUUUUGGAGAAGUUUUGAAGACAGACAUUUCUUUCCUCAAAAUUGGCGUUGUGAUUUGGAUACACACUUUAAAGAUUACAAAUUCAUUCGAUACUCUUCGGACCCUACCGGGACACUCAUGACAGAUUUGUUUAAACUUCUAAAAAAAAAUAAAGUUCCCCAGGAGUCUCUUGAUUACAUAAAAAAGUCGCUGACGAGUGGGAGGACUGUGCAUAGUACAAUUCACUCUGAAGCCAGACGAUUCAUAGAACAGAGAUUACUAUCGAGUCCAUUCCUAUUAGAGUAUGUUGUCCGUAUGUUCUACCAUGAUUUUCGUCUUUUUGGUUACCCUCUACCAAGUGGAUUCUAA